AUGGCUCGAGUCGAGAAGCCCUCUACCUUGAAAGUGACUCCGGAGGAGAAAGCGAAGGUGAAGGUGUUGGUCGAGCAAGUGGUCCAGCUUGUCCGCGACGGCGUGACUGGCAUGGAUCUGUUAGAGGUCUUUCUCAGUCGACGCAUUCAGCCGCUUCAAGCUCGUGAUCAUCCGAUGUGGCUGUAUUCAGGGAUUGACGACACCACUCGGAUCCACCCGGAGGAAGUUGACGGGGAUACGGUGGCGCAGUGGCUGCAGGGCUUCACCGGAAACAAGGAUAAUCCCAGAGGGUCUAGGAGGAUUCCUCCACUCGACAACUCUUAUGAACCAGACAAGGUCUUCACCGAGAUGUACUCGAUGCCCAAUGGGGAGGCAAGCGGAGGCGAAAGCGGCGAGUGGCACUCUGACGGAGGAGAAGAUGAUGAAAGCGACGACUCAGGUGAUAGUGAAGAAGUUGACUCACCACCUCGCACCGAAAGGCGAACCAAGCACGACCAUGACCCAGCAAGUAUCCGUGGCAAAGCGACUGCGCAGACUGGUCAGUCUUCGAAGCGCCCUCGGGCGUCCUCUCCUGUACUGACUGAGAAGGCCCCGAAGCAAUCCAAAGUUACACCGCCAAAACCUCGGAAGGCCUUGCCCAAGAUCAAAGUGGUUGUUCCCAUUGCUUCCGGUGCUGCUACGUCUGGGACUUCUGCUUACAGAGAUGGUGACGAGGAAAUGGAAGACGCGGUCACUUCUAACCCGGCUCCUCCCAAUGUCAUUGAUCUUCCAGACGAUGACGAGGAUGUGCCGCUGAGGCCCAUGGGAAGGAGAAGCAGGAAGAAAUCAACUGCGUCAACUGCACAGAUUCCAGCCGAUCCACCGUCUUCACUCUUCACUGCGCAUCACGUCCCAGAGGACCAAGUAGGUGCUGCCAAGGAAGCCAUACGCCAGGCAGGCAUCAUGAUGGAGCAGAUGAAGGUGGUUCGGGAGGCCAGUCAAGCUGCUUAUGACGCCAGCUCAGCUCUCCAGAGCAACGUCCAGAAAUCUUGUGAACUUGGAGCUCGGUUUGCUGACUUGGAUCAGAAGCAGAUUCAGCUCAAUCUUGAUCUGGAGCUGGCCAAGACAAACUUGCAGAAGGCCAACGAUGAAGCCAUUGAAACAAUGAAGAAGGCUCUGGCGCAGAAGGAUCUGGAUCUUGCAGCCGCGCAGAAAGCAACAGAAGAGAAAACUGCACUCGCCGACCAGAAGCGGGCUUCAGUCAAAUUCUGCUAG